AUGUGCCGUCGAUUCUCUACUCGAAUGCGUUGUGGUUUAUUGGUAAGUUUAAUUUUGCCCGCUAUCACCUUCAUGUUGAAUGGUUAUGGUGAUAUCGUUCCACAAACGCAUGCGGGCAGAAUAAUUGCGAUUUUUGUUGGAGUAGUAGGAGCAAUCAUCUCAUCAAUCCUUAUAGCUGUCAUAUCGAGAAAUAUCCUCCUAUCUCAAGGACAACGCAAUGUUAAUAACUUCAUGCACGAUAGUAAAUUAACACGAGAGCACAAAAAUGCAGCAGCGAAGGUCCUACAGCACACAUGGCGCAUUCACAAAUGCCUUCGAAGUGGUCCUGAUAGCCGCCUGCGGACUUACCAACGAAAGUUUCUAAGAGCAAUACAUGAGUUCCGGGCCAUUAAGAACGAAAUGCGCGUGUUCUCCGAAAACAAUUCCGCAAAUAGCCAGCAAGUCACUCGCCUUGUGGCAGAAAUGCACUUUUCUAUGCAACGCCUAAUGUCGGCACAAGACGAGAUGAGAGCACAAAUUGAGGUCUUGCAAAGAGCUGUGCGAAAUCAUUACACGAAUAGUCAACAACGGUGUGUUUUCGCUUUUCAUCAUUAG